AAAGUCUUAAAUAUAAAUGUUAACAAUAUUAUAAAAGUAAAGAAUCAUUAGUGAUUAUUGAUUGAAUAUAACUGAAUAAAUGCUCGAUCGGCCUAUACCGUGAUUUUGCUACCACUAAGGAAAUGUUGUUCCUUCGGAGAAAGGGGAACGGCAAGCAAGAAAUACAGCUGCAUGUCGAUCCGCUUCAUUCAGUACGUGAUACUCAUCGUCUGCAUACGCGCAACAGCUUCGUCGGCCUAAGAAAAAAUUUAGUGAUUAAUAAAAUUUUUUUUUAUAAAUAUCAAUAUUAAUAAAAAUGGUGAAUUUAUAAUAAAAAAAAAAAAAUUAUCUUUCCUUCAUUUCACUUACCGCCUAUCAGUGCUCGACUCGCGCAAGGAAGUAAUAUUGCUAAAGAGUGCAGUGGGGUAACUGUGAGGCUGUGGAAUUGUAAAAAAUUCUUUGGAUUUGCUAUAUAGAUUGCUAUAUAGAUUAGGAAAUGACGUCAUGAAAGUCCCUAUGGUACUAUAAAUCGUGAUAACAGUCGAUUCCUUUCUAUACGAAGCCUUAGGCACUGUGAUAUAUAUAUUUCGAUUGAUAUUGAUAUUACCAACCAUAGAAAGAUGGGUAAGAGACGAUGAAACGAUAUUUAAAGUAAACAGGAUAAAGUAUAAAAAAUAAUAAAAAUAUAAUUCAAUUAAAAAUCUUUAUCAUAAGAGAAAAGUUUCGAGGUUACAAUUAACAUUAAGAUAUUUAUAAAUAAAUAAUAAUAAUGGCCAUCAAGACAAAAUAUUACGUGGUCGUGUCGUUAUUGUUAUUCGUAAAAAUGUCAAAGGCCGGAAACGAGUCGAACAUCCAACGUUUGAGCAAACCUCGGAAGGAAUCGACGAAAGUGACAGCGCCUAACUUCAGCCCGAACGAGAGCUCGGCCGAGAGGAACGAUACGAAAGAUUCCCGAUUGCCGUUGAUAGAAUUCAGCAAAAACAAUCCGGAGCUCGAUUGGAAGAACUAUCUGAAGUUGGCAACGGUCGAGGAGGCGAAACAGCCGCGCCAUCUGGACGUCGACUUUAUGAACGAAAAGCUCGAGCCUAGCGGCAACAGCGUGAAGUGGCUCGCCGAUCUCUACGACCCACUGAAAUGGCUGAAAGCCCCGGGAAAACUCGUGGGCGAUUGCAGGAAGGAUAUGGACUGGUUUCUUGGGAGUUUGAAAGAAGGCGAACUCUGGUCCGCGCGAAUGUCAGAUGCCAGUGGACGAUACUCCUCUCAAUUUUAUUUCGGAAAUGAUUUCUGGCUGGGAUCAAGUACCCUUUGUAAGGAGCUCAAUGGUACGAACAGCGAUGAGAAUUUUGUCACCCCCGAAAACGUGCCACCCUAUAGGGUACGCUUUCAUGUAGCCAGGAUGUACCUGACGUUACCAAGGGACGUAACGCCUUCGACGCGACAAAUUUUCUUGGGACUCUGCCUACCCGCAACGUGCCACCGGGACGACCUGAUGUCCAUGCUCAGGGCCAGUGCCGAUAGGGUGGAAAAGGUUGGCAAUACCACCCACCAUGGAUCAGGCCCCAAAAUUCAUAUAGCAUCCAUCAAGUCGGUCCCAGCCAAUGACUAUACACCAUGGACGGACCCAAAAGUCUGUAUACUAUCUGCCGUCGGCGCCGCUGUGCUCCUCCUGAUGAUCGGCGCGACCCUCUACGAGCACUACAGAAACGACACCGAGGAUCCGGAUCUCGAGACGUCAAACGUGAGUAACAACAACGAGAGGAUCAGCACGUAUCCCGACAGGAAUUGUUCGGAGGAGAGGAGGAUCUCGAUAGUCCAGGACAACGGGAAGGAAUUGAUCGAGAAAAUAAACAAGACAGCGUUGGCGGAGCGUCAAGCCGAGAAGCGUGAAAAAGGCUUCUGGAUAAGGUGUCUCCUGGCGUUCAGUCCCACCAUUAAUGGCGGCAAGAUAAUCAGCACUGACCCUGCCGCACGUGACAGUCUCACUUGUCUCCACGGUUUACGUGUUUUUUCUCUUGGAUGGGUAGUCAUGGUCCAUACUUAUCUCCAGGUUUUCUCCAUAGCUGAGAACAAAACACUUCGCACCGUCACCGAGAGGAACUUUAUGUUUCAGACUAUUAGCAACGCUACGUUCUCGGUGGACACUUUUUUCUUUAUCAGCGGUCUUCUGGUGACUAUACUGUACUAUCGAUCGUUGGGAGGCUUGAAGACUGAUAAGAAAAAUUUUCUAAGGACGAGCGCGAAAAAAUUUUUUAUUAUGAUUCUCUAUAGAUUCGUGAGACUCACUCCUGCCUAUCUAUACGUACUGGGUAUGAAUGAAAUUGCAAUGAGACAGGCGCAGGCUAAAACUGUUUUUUCGCCAGCUAUUAUGGAUCAUCUGACUUGUGAGAAAUUUUGGUGGCGUAACGCCCUCUAUUUGAAUUCCCUGUAUCCACGUACGGAGAUGUGUAUGCUAUGGAGCUGGUAUAUGGCCAACGACACUCAGUUCUACGUACUGGGUAUAUUCCUCUUACUACUAUCAGUCAAGUACUUAAAACUUGUGGUAACAACAGUCGGCCUGAUAAUAAUCUCAUCCUGGUUCACAACCUUCACCGUAGCCUACAGUAACGACUACAUGGCUAGAAUUCAAGAACCCUUCGCACUCUUUGACGAGUUGUACGACAAGCCCUGGCUCAGGGCUGGACCCUACUUCAUAGGCACGAUAACAGGCUAUCUACUGUUCAAGAGUAAUUGCAAACUUGAAACUCCACUGUACGUGAAGAUCUUCGGCUGGCUGUCUUCUGCCACUGUCAUGUUCUCAGUGGUGUAUGGCCUCUACCCUGGAAAUUUAAAUGUCCUCGUUAGCUCGAUAUACGCAUCAUUGGGACACACAGCCUGGUCAUUGGCCGUAGCCUUUAUAGUAAUACAAUGCUGCACUGGAUCUGCCAGCUUGAUCGACAGGUUUCUGUCGCUUAGACUUAUGUAUCCACUGUCAAGACUUACGUAUUGCGCUUAUCUGGUUCAUCCUGUGAUAAUGUUGAUAACCAGCACUCAGAUGGAUGGACCGCUCCACCUGCACAACGGUUUGGUGCUCAUUGUGUAUUUUGGCAAUCUCGUUGCCUCCUAUAUACUGUCCUUUUGCAUAUCAAUAGCACUGGAAGCUCCGGUCGUCAAUUUACUCAAGAUUGCCUUUAUCUCCAAGAAGAGGAGCAGGUAAAAGAUUUUCGGGGUUCGUACUGGAGGUGAAGAGAGAACGAUUAGGAAUUUCUUUUGAAAUUUUUUUUAACUAAGGGAAAGUGCGAGAAAUCUUGGAUAUAUAAAUAGCCUCAGUUUGAGAUAUCGACAGCCGACGGAAGCAGAUUCUCGUGAGAUGCAUGAUAAGUGAAAAAAAAUGUCUGUUUUCUGUAAAUCCUGAUGAAACGCGAGAGAUAAUGUAUUUACUGUAAAAAAUUGAAGUAUCCAAUUUAUCAAUAAAUAUUUGAAUACGAUACAAUUAUAAAUCAAUUAUUUAAGUAAAUACGGUAGGUAAAUCAGAAUAGAUUAAAAAUCAAAUAUUUUUUUUUU